AUGGAUGAUCCAUUGAUCUUUUCGAUGGAUGAUCAUUUCGUCGAAGAACAUUUAGUUCGACUCGAUCUAUGUUCGAAACAUUUGAAACAUAUCGAUCAAUUGCCGAAUAAUAUUGAUUUCAACGUUAUUCUACUCGAUAAGAACGAAUUAACCGAAAUCGAACAAUUGGAUCGAUUUGCUCAUUUAAUUCAAUUGUCCGUAUCUCAUAACCGUCUGACUAGCAUUCAUCUACUUCAUCGAAUCAGAUCACUACAAAAACUCGAUCUUUCAUACAACUUAAUCGAGUCAGUCGAUGGUUUGAAAACUCUACAGAAUCUUACCUUACUCAACAUUUCGCAUAAUAAUGUGACCAGCAUUGCAGUUCUAAACAAUUGUUCAAAUCUACAAUCAAUCGAUGCCAGUGAUAAUUGCAUUCAACAGAUCGAAGACCUUUCUCGAUUGACAUCGUUGAAAUAUUUAAAUUUACAUAAAAAUUUUCUUCAUACAUUGAAUUCAGUAUUACGCUAUUGGCCUAAGUCGCUUCAUACACUGAUUAUAUCCGAUAAUGAAAUCCAAGAUUUAACUGAAGUUGCCCAUCUGACGUCCUUUGUCAAUCUGAACACACUUUACAUCAUCGACAAUCCAUGUUUAUCAGUAGUUGAUGAAAAACAUGGAUGCCACCAACCAUUUGACUAUCGACCAUUUAUUUUGAAUUGGUGUUUAUCAAUUCAUAAUCUAGAUGGAUUACUUGUUACACGAAAAGAUAGUUUGAAAAGUGAAUGGCUAUUAAGUCAGGGCAGAGGCCGAUCAUUUGGGCCCGGUGAACACGCUGAACUCGUUCGAUAUUUGACACGGGUCUGUGGUACAGACGUAAAUGAAAAAGAGGAUGUUAAUCUAUCACAAGUUAUGCAUCAAAAUGAUUUGCACAGUCAACAACGAUACUCUGAACAUUCAAACGAACCAAUGAUGAUAACAUCAGAUACAAUUCGAGAUGCCAUUGAAACAUUAUCCCACAAUACGCAUAGUCAUUAUCAACAAGACAAGCUGAUUUCCGAGUCCGAAUUGAUCAAAUUGAAUACAUCAUCGUCUGCAACGUCCGGAGAUGAUGAACCUAUUUCACUCAGCCGUCAACAUCAGAUGCGAACACCAAGUCCAGCUUUUGCUCGAUCAGCACACAUCAACAUUCCUCAUAUUGAUGAUCCACCAACUGAAAAUAGUUCAAGCAGCCGUUAUAUUCAAUACGAUGAUCGACCAAUUAAGCCAUUAGAUCAAAACAUGCUUCAAGCCAAACUCAAUGAAUAUCCCAUCGAUAGUAAUGACGUCAUGGGUCACUCUCGUUCUCACAUGUCAGGCCGUUCACAGCCAGUUAGACCAUCAACUUCUGCUUUACCUUACAAUGCCGCUCACUAUUCGCCGAAAGCGGCUACUUCCGAACCGACGCAUUCGAGUUUUCUUGCCCGAGAAACGGCUCGAGCACUUGCGAAUCGAUCUGAUCAUCGACGAAAAUUACAACGAAGAAAUACAAUUCACGUCAAUCCACUUCAACCACUUGAACAGCUACAGAGCUAUGUUAAACAUAACUCGACAGUGAUUCACACAAAUCAGUCCACAAAACAUCAAGCGUUAAUUGACACUUCACAAAAUAAGAGAAAUUAUCAUACCGAAAACGAUACAGAACUUCAUUCAAAGUCAGUUCCUGUCAAUACAAUGUUAUCAACUCGAAGUACAACAAUGAAUAAUACUACUACCGAUUUGGAAAAAUUGACAACGUCAGUGGAAACGGUGCGAACAUCGAUUCUUCUCGCAUAUAUUGAUCUUCAUGAGCGAUUUACAAAGGCAACGGAAUUGCAAACAUCGGCAUUAUCAGCUCUUUGGAAAAAAUGUGAAACACAAAAUUUGACACAUCAACGCGAAACCGAGAAGAUCAUCGAACAAAAUCGAUUGCUCAGUCAACGAAUUCAUGAACUUGAAGGACAUUUAAGAGGAACAAAGGAACCGAGUUCGGUCACACAAAUCAGCUCGAAACACAAUCCCAACAUACAUCCACCGCUUCGUGCUCAUAUCUCCAAACGUGACGCCAAGAGUUGUUUUCUUCAUUGGAUUCCAAAUACAUUAAAUCAAUCUCAAACGAUUCUCGGAUAUCGAAUCUACGUGGAUGAUAUUCUGAAAGGUGCUGUUGAUGCGAACAAAUUCGAAGCUAUCGUUGAUUACAUUCGUGAUGAAGGAGAAUAUCGAAUUAAAAUUCGAACGUACAAUCAAGAGGGAGAAUCAACUGAUUCGAAUAUUGUCAUUGCAAGAUUUCAUCGUCAAAAUACAGUAGCGGUAACAUCUGAAGGAACGACAUCACGACGACGAACUCAAUCAGAACGUAUCGGAGAAGAUAAGAAAGAGAAACAGUCGAACGAGGAGCUAUUUAUGCUCUCAAGGAAUCGAAGUCAAACACCGAUUAUUAUGGAUAAACGACGAAGUGAGAUAGAACAAUCGCAAGAGAAUAUAUCAGUCGCACCAGAGAGAGAAACAAUUGUGUCCGAUGAGCACGAUUCAUCAAUAAAGACAAGUCCCCAUAUCACGAGAAACGAUUAUACUGUUACUGGUAAACCGCCCAUUUCACCAACAUCGAGUCCUAGUCGGAUGGAGAAGAAAUCACCGAGUAGAGAAUUCUCUAGUGCAGCAACUAAGAGAAGCCCUAUACGAUCUGGUAUUAUGUCUCGUUUGACACGGAGCUCGAAUAAAGUCAAACAUAAUCUUUUAAAUGUUCUUCCUAUGGAACGAAGUAACAGUCCCACUGAAUCUACAAAUAUAUCCAAAACCGAAACAACCUCUGCCAAACGAACAAUUACAUUUCCAUCGGAUGUCAACAGCAAUGAUCACGAACGUCUCUCUACUCACCAAUAUCCAAUGCGAUCCAUAUUCGAUCCGACAACUUCAAUUGAUAUGGAUCAUUUUAUGACGCAUUCUGAUACUUUCAUCUCGAGCUCACCAUCAUUAUCUACUCCUUCACAAACAUCAGCGAAACAUGUGCGUCCAAACUCGAUCGAUCAAUAG